AGGCCAGGUUAAAAACUUAUGGGCCUAGCCGGCUAUGUAAAAGCCUUUAUGCUAAGAUGGGCCUCGCGCCACUCUCAGAGGUUUCAUUCAAACCGCCAAAUUAGGUUAAUUUAUACUGAAAGUGAGAUUUCUUUAGGGUUUCUCUUCCGCAUCGUCGUCUCCAGCUCCUUCUUCCUCGGGUGGUUUCUUUUCUAAAUCAGCACUUAGGGAGUAUAAAAUGGGUAGAUGCCCGACUAGAAAAGUGAAGAAGAGGCGUCUGUCUCACAAAACAGCUCGCCGGGACAAAUUCGAAUUGCGGAAACCAGAGGCGGAGGUAAAGCCUUUGCAGCUUGACGAGGAUUUGCCUGGAAUGGGCCAAUUCUACUGCUUGCACUGCGAUCGGUACUUCUCCAAUACGUCCGUGCGUGAUGACCAUUUCAAGACAAAGAAGCACAAGAAACGUGUGAAGAUAAUGAAGGGACCGGCUCCACACUCACAACUCGAUGCAGAUUUAGCCGGUGGAAUGGGAAUGCCGGACAAUGGUCCGAAGCUGAUGUCUGCUUGAGUUUUUGCAAGUUUUUUUUGAUCUUUGGGAUUUUUUUUAUUGUAAAAAUACCCUUUUUAUGUUAAUGUUUUUGAAAACUAACUAUUUUCAAAAUAGCAUGACACUUAUAAUUAUACCCAUAUUUGACUUCUAAACCUACGUCUUUGGUACGAAAGAACUUACCAGUAUGUCAAGUCUACAAACAUAAGUAACCAAACCAAGUUACUUGAUUAC